CCCCCCGGCAACAAUAAUAUCCCGCAAGGUCCACACGUCCGAGGUCGUCAUCCAGCCCGCAUAUCCUCUGUUUUUGUUUAGCCGAACAGCAAGCAGAGUCCGCGCCAGGAAAAGAAUUUCUUUGCUCAUCUCUCUCUUCUCUCCGCGCCCCAUUUCAGCCCUACGUAACGAAACAAACCUCCGGGCACGCGACACUGAGACCUUCCUGCCUCCAUCCCAUUGCACAACCCACCACCACCGUCCACCAACCAUCGUUACUACGUUUGUCGCCGUCGCCACCGACCAGCACUACCUCUUGCCGAAAGCCCACCGCCCCAAUUCCACCCAUCCGCCCUCCAUCCGCCUUCAUCCGUCCACCCGAGACCAGCUUGACCGCACCGCUCCAUCUUGAUUCCAAACCACGGCCAUGAUGGUAAAGUCGGAACCAUCACCGACACUAACACCGCCCUCACAGGACUCUAACCUGUCGGGUGGGCACGGAGGAGGGGCCACCAAUGGCAGUGGCGGCGGCGGCGGGAGCAAUGGCUCAGGACCGGAACAAUCGCAAUCGACUUCCUCGACUCCAGCACCUUCGUCAAUCGCGCGCUCCAAUGCGAAGGACCCGUCCAGACCGCGGAGAAAGAAGGCCCGUCGGGCUUGCUUCGCUUGUCAACGGGCGCACUUGACAUGCGGCGAUGAGCGUCCCUGCCAACGUUGCAUAAAACGUGGCCUUCAAGAUGCCUGCCACGACGGCGUUCGCAAGAAGGCGAAAUACCUCCACGACGCGCCCAUCGACGACGGUCCUCCCGAAUUCGCGCAGCAGCCAUCGUCUUCCGCCGGAUCGUAUCCUUACCACCAUCCCCAGCUGUCGCAACCGUCGGUCGCCACCGAGAUGCUACCCCCCGACGGAACCAUCAAUCCCAACUCGAUCGAGUCCCCCGGCGCCGCACUCGUAGAUCAGGCACAACAGCACGCCUUCUCGCAGGCGCCAAUGUUCGACCCGAGCGAUCCUGCGCUGUUCAACUUUGACAUCGCCAGCUUGAAUUUCGAGAGUCACUAUGGAGCGUUGGAGUUUGGCGUGCUCGGGCAGAUGUCUAACGGCGGAGGCGGCGGCGGCAACACCAACAAUGGAGGGAAUGGUGUGGGUACACCGGAUAAUAAUAAUUCCGGUCCGGGGUCGGCCUAUGGCUACUCGCCGGGGGUGGUGGGAGCGGAUGCUUAUGUUGGUUUCGCGGCGCCGCAAGAUUCGUCGUUGGGGGAUGGAUGGACAUCGCGAAGUACCAGGCAGGCGGCGAGUGCUGGUGACGGAACGACCGGUUUCGCGAAUACGUACAUGAUCGAAGCUGGCCCCGGUUCACUGACGUCGCCGUCUCCGCCGGUAGAGAGUCCGCGACAGAACUACACACCCGCGAGUACUAGCGCUGCCGUCCAGGGCUCCUACGCCGCAAGGGACGAGGCACCUGUACCGCUGGGCUCGCCGUCAUUUUUCUCGACACCACCGCAACCUCAGAACCGACCUGUCCAGCCUUCUGCGUUGCACCACGUGCAGAGUGCUUCGCACCAGGUAUCCGCACAUAUCCACCAACACCAGCCCCUCCAGCGCCGGCGGCGUCCUGACGAUCCGAGCCAGAUCUACUCGUCGAUAACGCAGCCAUACCCCUACGCCCUGCAGCACCACCGGCUAUUCCACAUGCUCGAAACGCGCUUCCCGAAAACCAGUCUCCUGCGGAUAGCACGCGCGAUGGCGUCGUUCCGUCCGUCGUUCAUCGCCUGCACGCAGACACUGAAGGCGGACGAUCUACUUUUCAUGGAGAAAUGUUUCCAGCGCACACUAUGGGAAUACGAGCGCUUCAUACAGUCGUGCGGCACGCCCACCAUCGUGUGCCGCCGCACGGGCGAGGUGGUCGGCGUCGGAAAAGAAUUCUGUAUGCUUACGGGUUGGGAGCGUGCCGUCCUUCUCGGCGAGAAGCCGAAUCGCAAUACCAACCGUCCCUACGUGAAACCCCCCGGCUCCGGACCGGGCGUACUCCAACCUCCCCCCGAAGACGAUAUCCAGGGCGGUGUCCGAAGACCAGUCUUUCUGGCCGAACUCCUCGACGACGAAUCGGUCGUUGAGUUCUAUGAGCAGUUUGCACGACUCGCCUUUGGCGACUCCAGGGGUGCGGUUAUGACGACAUGUAAAGUACUCACCUAUCAGGCGCCCCUGGAGGAUGGUGAGAGCAAGGAUGGGGUCAUGAGGAAGUCGGGCGGACUGGCAGGGAAGGAGGGCAAGGUGGAUUGUGCGUUCUGUUGGACCAUCAAGAGGGAUGUUUUCGAUAUCCCAAUGUUGAUCGUGGGCAACUUUUUGCCGAUACUGGGCAAGACGAGUGAGAGCGGGUAGGCCGAUCCGUCCGUCCCCCACAUGGACGCAGGACGCGAGUCGUCAUCCGUUUCACUGUGUAUGUACUUGUUAGGCAUUUUCUUUCGUUUUCUUUCUCGCGUGUUGAUUAUUUUCGUCGGGGCUGUCGGUGACUAGCAUUUUUCUUUCUCCCUUUCCCCUUUUACGUACCUACCGUACUUACUUACUUUGUUACUUUGUGGCAUGAGUCUUGUUUACUGGGUGGUGUUUGGCGCUCCUGCUUAUUUGCUUGCUCGAGUUGUGUCGUGUCGUUGUGUGCAGUUCUGGGUUUCUUAUAUGGUUUGGGUAGAGAUGGGAGCGGGAGGAGUGUAGGAGGACAGGUGGGAAGGAUGCAGUAGGAAGGAUGCUGUGAGGAGGAGGAUAGGAACAGGAUGGAGGGAAAUGUAUUUAACUACUUAGAUGAAUGUUUUGGAAGAGGUACGAUACCAGUGUAGUGCUCUGAUGGUUAUCAGUGAGUGAGUUUGAGUGAGAAGAUUGGG